ACUGCAGCGCUACAGUGUAGGCCCAUCCCAAUACACUAUCCACCCUCUGUGGCCACUUCGAGCAGCAUGGGCACUUUGGCGGCCGAGAGUCACGAAGUGGCACCGCCCUCGCCUAUCCACACAGCUCCGGCACCUGCACGACACCUCGACCAUGCAGCAGCUUCCUCCAUUGACACGGUGAGCACGACGAUGCAAGAUCUAGCACUGGCAGUCCGCACACCGACUACUGGUUUCACUGAUCUGCCGACCGAGCUACUCUGCCAGAUCUUUCUCGACAUCCCUUCCAACUUCACCAAAACGCUCUGGAGUCUGUCUCUCACCUGCAAGCGCUUCCACGAUGUCAUCGAGGAAAGACUGGAGCCGGAGCAUAACCUUCGCAGAUGUGUAGUGGACGACCCCUACAGCCUAAUUCGUCGACUGACAGACCGACCGGCUCUUAGAACUGUUAUUCGGUCGGUCAAACUUGCUAGCAACAUAUCGUCACGACCACCCCUCAGCGAAGCCGAGGCCAACGAACUCGUCGGUAGCGCUAACCUCAAUACCUAUGCAGAGCUUUGUUCGCUCAGACUGGGUCUCCAGAGAAAUGAUCCGGAUUGGCUCGAGUUUCUCCUGUUAAUGUAUCUACCACGACUAGACACCAUCGAUAUGCGUUUACUACACACCCAAGUUCCAGAUCUUAUCUCGCAAUUUGAACCGUACAAGUGUUCUUCCAAAACUCACUGGCUUUCAAACUUGACCCAUCUUCGCCUUGUCCACUUACGCCCCGAAUAUGAUGAUUGUCUCAACGGGGACUUCCUCGCUCUACCAGGGCUACAGCGAGUCUACCUUAACAACGUCAUAAUCGAUACAGAAUGGGUUUAUAGAUCGCUCGCUGACGCGAGAUUUCAGAGCGGGGAGGAAAUAUCUAUACCUCCCUCAACAGUCACGGACUAUGAAGUGCGCAAUACUCAUCUCCAUGCAGGAGCUCUACACAGGCUUUGCAUGUUCACUCAUCUAUCUCGUUUAUCAAUACGUUUGAAGCAGCAAGAACUAGGCCUAAACGUGCGAAUCAAAACCUUGUUCGAGGCUAUCAAACGUCACAAGCAUUCUCUACGGGCGCUUGAGGUCUGGACUAAUGAGAUGUUCACGGAUAAAGUGGGCAAACCCUACGGGAUCAACGAUUUCAUGCCUUACUUUCUCCCAUUGGAGCGGGCGUGGGAAACCUCCGCUUGCUUCGGGUAUUUUCGGCCUAUCCAAUCUUUGAGACCGUUCACCUGCUUAAAGUCACUUGCUCUAACUGAUAUCGCAUUGGUCGGCCAGUCGAGACGUGGACUUCCAUACUGGCGCAAACCCGUUAGUAGUACCGCCGCAUACCUUAGCGGAAUGCUUCCUACGUCUCUCGAAAUCUUCACUCACAUUCUUUGGGACGGUCCGGACGGCUACGACGCGCUGUUGGCGGACGACGAAAAGCAUCUCCGAUCGUGGGACCGGAUCUGGAAGGUCAUCACACCGGAGCAGUUCCCUAAUCUGAAGAGGGUGGAGACGGUGGGCUAUAACCGGGAGGGUAUAUCGAAAGAGCGAAAGGUGAUCUGGGAGAGGAAGAACUGAUGGGUUGCGCAUGACGAUGAUGCAUGCUGAACUCGCAGUAUUUAUGCGAAACCGCCCGGUGUGCACAGGUCCCCGAAGAGUA